CUGUAACGUGAACAUGGGUCGGCGGUCAAGAAUGGUUGGGUGUUACGUAGUUGUUCUUGCGGUCAUAGCAGUUGCGGCGUCUGCUGCAUCUCGUGGGCCUGAAUCGUCGCGAGCCCGGCGAGCCGCUGUGGAUAAUGUGGACGUUUACACAGGUGACGUUCAUUACCGCUACUCACCCGAAAACACGGAAAUUCUUGGCGAUCAACCAAGACCAGCUUCGGAACGCGUACCCAUCUCAGAGUAUGCCUUUGAAAAGAACAGAUUAGGGACCACUCCUGCGGUUCCUACCGAGAAAGGCCGUCGUAAGCAAACCAAUGCUAGAGAAUUUCCCCAGCUCAGGCAGCCCCGCGUGGAUGACCAGUAUCCUGACAUCACUUCUAGGCUGGGAGUCAAAUCUCCAAGCAGUAAUUUGCUUCCACUAACCGAAGAUCGGCGCAUACAGCUUGAAAACUUCCAGAGAAAUAACCUAUUAUUGAACCGGGAGCAACUUAGACAGAGGGAGAUAGAGCAAUGGGUGAAUUACACGUUAUCUCUAUCAACUACCCCUCGACCCGUUCCUACAAAUGCUGGACAAGGUGCUUCGAAAGCCACGUCCACAUCAGAGGGCGGCAGGUUCUCGCCCUCUCGUCCAGGGUCAGCUGGAUUGUAUGGUGCCACUCCGCUGCCACCUCAUGCAGUGGAGCAUACAGACGCAAGGUCUUCCAGUGCGUCGAGAGAUACUGGCGCGAAGGUGGCGGUCCACCUGGAGAUGCCAGGAAGGAAAAUUUCUAUGACAGAUUCAGACUCUGAAUUAGUUUCCAAACUCUUAACUACCUUGGCCGAAGCCACUACCGAGUCAUCUGCGUCCAAAGAGGAGCCUGUUCCUGAGAAUAUAUCUGUUCAAAAUCAGCAGCUGGUGGUAGAGACCCAGCGCAAUAAGGAGCGCGAACAUAUCGAUCCUAAUUAUUUUAAUAAGCCACUGAUAAACUUCGUCGAUUAUGCACUGCUCUCCAUCGAAGACUACCAGAAAGAACUAGCAGCACAAAACGUGGAGCUUCCUCCGAUGCACAGACAACACUUGGUUAGUGCUGACCUGACGAGCCCUAGCGAUUCGCUGCACAUGCGACAGGCAGGACCUCUGUGUGGAGUUUUCCUAACGCCUCUCUUCAAUGCUGAAGUUAGGGCCGUCAAUGUCUCUACAUACUUGAUAAGAAAUAUGUACAUGAACUCACGGAUCCGUUCUACUCACCUCAGGUUCACGUUUCAUUCCCUCGACGGAGUCGGAAUCUACAACUUCACCCUGGACCCCUCCGACCGCUUGGAACUUCAUGAUCAUCGUUUCUUCGUAGACAUGCCGGGUCAUCUGUCACGAACAAGAAAGAUUUCCGUCGCUGAUAACCUUGGCUAUUUCAACACCGAAAUAGAUGUAUCACAGUGCGUCGUUCCUCGAGCCCUGACACUUGGCCCCUUCAUUAGUAAUCAGAACCUCAUUCAAUCCAGAAACGUCCUGCUUCGCACUUCGAACGUGAUGACUAUAGAGGGGUUCACGUACACUGGCACCGCAUCCUCUGUCUACUUCUGGGCCGGCGUUGGUAGAGAUAUCGAAGACGGUGUGAGGAUACCGUCUGAGACCGGCAACUUGGAUCCGAUUUCGAACUACAUCAACAAAGACAUAACCUUGAAGUUGCCGCAUGCGCUUACAUUUUACGACAUUGAUUACGUGGCAGUCAUUUGCAUCGAGUACCGUAAGGUCUUUGGCUACAUAAAAAUUAAACAAGAGUGGUGGGGCCGACACGUUCUCCCACCGGCCAUCGUAUCGGAGCGAGUCUACGAUGAAAGAAACUAUAAUCUCUGAAUUGGUUGGGCAAUAUCCAAGUUGUUUAUGUUUUGUUUACUUUGAAUAAAUGUGAUAAAUACGUUUGA